AUGUCAUUUGAGAAAGAUACUGGCAAACAGAGGAAAGUUAGAAAGGGAUAUAGCAUUCCAAGCGAAUCAUCGAACAGCUGUACACCUACCAGAGAUCUUGGAUAUUAUCAAGUACUUUCUUGUGAAUCUGAAAAUGAGGAGUCAAUGGAAGACCGUGUGAUUUAUGAAACCAGUCGAGAGGAUAUAUCUGAGUCCAGAACAAAAGCAACUAUACAAUCAACAAUAGGCAAAGGACAAGACUCAGGCCACUCAUACACAGAGAGUACAGCGGAAACGUCACAUUUUUUCAACUCUCUAGGAAAAAUGUGGAAUGCCCUUCCUUUCAAACAGUCUUCGGGAAACCAACCAAGAUCAUCGCAGGAUUCUUAUAAACCACAUAACACGAGCUACAAGUGUACUAGACCUAUGUCUAAUGAUACUUCAAUCAUGAGAGAUGUAUUUACAAAAGACGAAAUGAACAGCAUCUUUCUACGCAAACUUGAAGAAUGCUUUGAAGGACAUCUUGAUUUAAUUGAUAAAAAUUAUAAGAGCCUUAAUGAAGAGCAUACAAGACUUCAUAAAAUGAGACUUGAAUUCGAUAAAGAAUGCGAAAAAACCAGGAAGAUGUACAGCAAGAGGGCUGAUAUGGAAACUAACAGAGAACAAUUUUAUCAGGAAAAAAUACAAAAUCUAACGACGAACUUAUCUGCAGUAGAAGAUGAAAACCAGAAGAUAAAAUUAAACAAUACCGAAUUUUUAGAAAAAAAUUCUGGACUUCAUCGAUAUAUUGGUCGCCUAAAACAAGAGCAAGAUACGAAGAAUAUAUAUAUAACUAAAAUGGAGCAGACCUACAAAGACAAGAUUUGCAAGUUUCAGGAGAAUUUGGAUGAGUUAAAAGAUGAACUCUCUAAGAAAAAAGAGGAAUCUCGAACCUUGCUUUCUAAUUUACACGAGCACCUCAAACAGAUUCGUGCUACUGACGACGACUACUCGACAAUACAAACGAAGUUAAACACAAUACAAGCCAAGAUAUCGAAUUUAUGCAUGAGCCUUAAGAAAUUUUUGACUCCAAACGAAGAGCAGGUUUUGAGCACCCUCUAUGAUUACUUCGAUGAUAGAAACAAUGUUUUAGACCAAUUUCUGUGUGAAAGAGACAAUGGGCUCAUGGGAAUGGACUAUAGUAUUGUCAGUUUGCUUGUGGAAAGGUUUAUUACAAUACAUAUCGUCAGAUAUAUUUACAACAUGCCUAUAUAUCUUGGGUUAGAUAUAAACUACUCUUAUAGCAUGCUUUCUGAAUGGGAACCCUUCAAAAACAAUAAAAACUGGUCUAGAAUACUCCGACAGCAAUUGUGUUCACUCGCAGCAAAACCCGAUGUGACAGAUGGGCUCGAGUACAAGAGGAAAGAUAUCGCAAGCUGGUUGAUACAGAAACUCUCCAUGAUUUUCAUCGGAAUAGAUCAAAAAACAUCAAGACAGAUUUGUAACAUAAUUGAUUUGGCUGCUCAACUUAGUCUUGCUAUGAACAGCCAAGAUGUGCCAAUUAAGCAUAUGACCAUCGUGGAAGGACAAACCAAGAUAAAACCAUGUAUGGCUGCUCAACAUGGCUCAGUCGAAGGCGCAACUACUGUUCAACUUAUUAUAUGCCCACCUUUUGUUAUUAAUGAAGGUCAAGAGUCAGAAGUAGUUUUACUGGAAGGAAAAGUGAUAUGUAUGGAUUUUCCUGAUUCGUCCAAAGGUUCCGAGGAAGAAAAUGAAUAG